AUGUGGAACAAGGAGACCAUAAAAGAAGUUGUUGCUAAUGUUCCUUUGUUGAGGCAAGAAGCAAAUCUGGUUUCCAUGGAUGAUUUACCAGAUCAAUUGGUGUGGGAUAUCUUGAGCAGGGUCAAGAAAACUGUAGAUAAAAACUCUGCUUCAUUAGCAUGUAAACGCAUCUAUGAACUGGAUAAUGAACAAAGACAAUCUCUUAGGGUUGGUUGUGGAUUAGACCCUGCAAAUCAAGCUCUGACAUCACUCUGCAAUAGAUUUCCUAACCUGGUAAAAGUAGAAAUAACAUACGCUGGUUGGAUGUCUAAGUUGGGAAAGCAGUUAGAUGACCAAGGGCUUGUCAUUCUUGCUAGCAAUUGUCCUUCGCUGACUGAUCUGACAUUGAGCUAUUGCACAUUUAUAACAGAUGUUGGUCUUCGGCACUUGGCUUCUUGCUCCAAGCUUUCAUCCUUGAAGCUGAAUUUCACUCCAAGAAUAACUGGUUGUGGCAUAUUAUCUCUUGUUGUAGGCUGCAAAAAUCUUACCAUUCUCCACCUUAUUCGAUGUCUUAAUGUUACCAGUGUUGAAUGGCUGGAAUACAUUGGAAAGAUGGAGACACUUGAAGACCUCUCGAUUAAGAAUUGUAGAGCACUUGGUGAGGGUGAUUUGAUUAAGCUAGGAUCUAGCUGGCGAAAACUAAAAAGGUUGCAAUUUGAGGUGGAUGCUAAUUACAGAUAUAUGAAGGUUUAUGAUAGACUAGCUGUUGAUCGAUGGCAAAAGCAGUGGAUCCCAUGUGAGUCCAUGUUGGAACUUAGCCUGGUGAAUUGUAUCAUCAGCCCUGGGAGAGGGCUUGCUUGUAUGUUGGGGAAGUGCAAGAACCUGGAGAAGAUUCAUUUGGACAUGUGUGUUGGAGUAAGAGAUUGUGACAUUAUAGGCUUAGCAAAAAAAUCAAGUAAUCUUCGGUCGGUUUCCCUCCAAGUUCCUUCUGAUUUCUCCCUGCCACCUCUGAUGAACAAUCCACUGAGAUUAACAGAUGAAAGUCUUAAAGCGCUGGCUCAGAACUGUUCAUUGCUUGAAUCUGUCCGGAUAUCUUUUUCUGAUGGGGAAUUUCCUUCCUUUUCUUCAUUUACACAAAAUGGAAUCCUCAAUUUAAUUCAGAGGUGCCCAAUUCGGGAACUUGCUCUUGACCAUGUGUAUUCCUUCAACGAUGUUGGGAUGGAAGCUCUUUGUUCAGCUCAAAAUCUUGAAACCUUAGAGCUUGUCAGAUGCCAAGAAAUCAGCGAUGAGGGGCUACAGCUUGUGAGCCAGUUUCCUCGUUUGUGCACAUUACGAUUAAAAAAAUGUUUGGGGGUUAGCGAUGACGGAUUGAACCCUGUUGUAGGGACAUACAAAUUGGAAUUCUUAGCUGUUGAAGAUUGCCCUCAAAUUUCUGAAAGAGGAGUUCUAGGAGCUGCAAGAUCUGUGUCAUUCCGGCAAGACUUGUCAUGGAUGUAUUGA